CACACCAGCGCUCUCUCAGUAGUGUUUAUUGUUUGAGGCAGGCUGCAGUCAGCAGACGGUAGGAUGUUGAGGCUUCGCUGUAAGACCAAAAAUGGGAGCCACAUAAUGCAGGGUCUGACUCACCAGUCCUGUGUCCAAGAGCUGAAGAGUAAGGUGGAGGAGCUGACUGGUAUCCCCUGUGAUGUGCAGAAAAUUAUGGUUGGAUACCCACCAUCCAGUCUUGAUCUUCGAAAUGGAGAUGCUCACCUCAAGGAUUACCCAAUCAAAUCAGGAGACACACUCAUUGUUGAGGAAGAGAAAAACAAACCAAAGCCUCAGGAUCAUCCUACUGUGAAGAAACCACUGCUGCCGGAAGCCUCACCUGUGCUGGCCCGUCGAGUGGUCCCAGCUGACAACUCCUGCCUCUUCACCAGUGUUUAUUAUGUGGUGGAAGGUGGCGUAUAUGACCCUGCAUGCGCUCCUGAGAUGCGGAGCCUCAUUGCCCAGAUUGUGUCUAGUGACCCCACAGCUUACUGUGAAGCCGUGCUGGGAAAGACCAACGAGGAGUACUGCUCCUGGAUAAAACGUGAUGACACCUGGGGCGGAGCCAUCGAGGUGUCCAUCUUAUCCAAGUUUUACCAGUGUGAGAUCUGUGUGGUGGACACUCAGACAGUCAGAGUGGAUCGAUUUGGAGAGGAUGCUGGCUAUCACAAACGUGUGCUGCUCAUCUACGAUGGUAUCCACUAUGAUCCUCUGCAGAAAGAAACUCCCGACUCUGAGGUUCCACCCCAGACUAUCUUCUCGACAACAGACGACGUCAUUCUGGCCCAGGCCCUUGAGCUGGCGGACGAGGCUCGCCGCAAGCGGCAGUUCACGGACGUAAACCACUUUGCAUUGCGUUGCAUGGUGUGUCAGACGGGCCUGGUGGGACAAAAGGAAGCUCGAGAGCAUGCCAAGGAGACAGGUCACACUAAUUUUGGGGAAGUGUGAGCGUGAUUUUUUUGUCCUUUAUUUCCCCUUCACAAAUAGAACCACCACCAAACAUGUGCCCCAUGUCUGGCAACUGUGUCAGUCUGUAUGUCCGUCUGCUCGUGUGAUCCUCUACCUCAUAUUGUCCAGCGACAUCUAUGGAGAAUCUGCAGACACUGUGUUCAGCCUCUAACCUGUUCAGUAUUACUUUUUAACCGGAGUCAGUUCUCAAAGUCAGAAAUGCUUCUGCUGUGCACUGAUGUCAUAAGACCAUUACACAUUAGUUUAGGGGUGGUUUCCAAUUUGUUUCUAUGGGUUCAUAAAAAUAUGCAAACAAUUCACAGGAUUUGUUUGAUUCUGAGAUUUUACUCAAUGAUUGGGUUGUACCCAUUAAACCCCACAAUCUGGCUCUGCAAAGACUAUAACUAAACACCCUCUGAUAAUUAUUUGUACUAUGAUGUGACCCUACUCACCAUUGUCUUAAUGGCACCACGUUUGACUGUUAUACAUCUUGGUCACAUAGCAUGUUUAUCAUUAUUAUUAUUAUUAUUAUUAUAAUUAUCAUCAAUAAUUACAAAUGGAUUAUUUGGUUAACCUGAGAUGUCUUAAGUGUUUAGCACAGUUGGACUGUUUUCCUGCUAAGAUGGAGUCAUCCCUAUUAAAUAUGUUCUAUUUUAACCUCACCUUUAAAAUGUCCAUGCAGUGGCCAGUGAGACUGAGGUUAUGCAAUGUGAAAUACAAUAUUAUAUUAUAAACUGUAAUUCAAAAUUGCAUACAUGGGUCAUUUUUCCAUUUAUUUAAAGUGUCACAGUUAUAUUUGUGCUUAUUUCAAACUGAAUACAAAAUUUCAAGAAAUAUUUAUAUGAUGGUGCUAAAAACAGUGCAUAGAAAAAAAUAUAUCACUUUGAUUUUCUUUAUUGGUACAAGAGUUUUGGAGAGGAGUGUUGGGGUUUUUUUUCCAUUUAUUUGUGAAACUUUGGGGUGAGAAAUUAGAGGAGAUAGUUCUCAGAUUGUGUUUUGCUUUUCUUUGAAACUCAAAUUGAAUUCUCCAGAACCAGUACAGCAGUUUUCAUGUGAGUUUGACAAUGGAGAACUGAAUUUGAGACUUUUUUUUAUAUAGUAUAGUAAGUAUACACAUUGUUUUUUGGUUCAGAUUUUGGACGAGAUGAUGGGAAUGAAGUAAAAGCAGAGCCAAAAUGUCAAAUUAUGAUUUUUCUCCUUACUGUGUUUUCUUGGGGAGGGGGGUUUGUUUUAUUUCACCAGUAACACUGGAUCACUCAGCUUGCAUACAAGUGAAAAAUGGCUUUGUGUUCUUUUGUAAUAACUUAAGUUCUCAUAACUCGUGAAGCUCAAUAUCAAUGAAUGUUGCAUACAAAGCACUACAGAACAACUGGAUUUACUUGAUUUUUUUUUUCAGUGUUGCAUCACAAUUAAAAGUCAUAGCCAAUU